AUGAAAAUUAUGCUCCUUCUUUCUUAUGUGACAAGCAUGCUAAGUAUUUUAUCGUCCGCUUCAGAUAUCUUACCUGCUUUAAGUGAGUAUGUUAAGAAAUAUAAGACAAAAACGAAAACGAGGAGGCAUCAUAGAAGUACCACUUUAGAGGGCGACGAAUCCAUGGAUAUGCCAGAAGAAUGGAAAGAGGAUCAAUGGGGUAAUUUUAUGAAGGAAGUGGAAGACGGUUGGGGAAAUUUCAAUACGCGCAUGAAAGAUCUGACAUCUUCUUGGUUUGACAAAAAAGAACUGGAAUGGGAAGCAUGGCUAAAAGCAAUGAAAAAUAGAUGGUCAUUUUACAACAAAAAUAUGGAUGAAUGUGUACUCAAUGUCAUAAAAAAUUCUUUACACUGGACAGAUUCUCAAUGGGAAGAAUGGGUUACAUUAAUGAUGAAUGAAUCGAGGGAACCCCCCGAACAUUCGGGAGAUGAAUACAUACUUGAUGUUUUUAGAAAAAAUACAACUUGGUCAAAUGAGCAAUGGAAAGAGUGGAUUCGGACAAUAAUUAGAGAAUCUAUGGAAAACGAUUGGAAAUAUUGGGUUGAGGAAGAUAAACACAAAUUAGAAAAUUGGAGGAUAGAUAAUUUUGAUAAAUGGAAAAAUAAAAGGAUGAAACAAUGGAAAAGGAGAAAGUGGAAAGCUGAAGAAGAUGAAUAUUGGGCUAAUUGGGAAAUUAAUGGAUCAGAGGAUAAAUCGAAAGAAGAGAUUGAUAAAAAGAAUUGGGCUAUAUGGAAAGAGAGAACCGAUAGUGAAGAGAGACAAUGGGAAAUGUAUACCGAAAGGAAAAAACAGGAAUUUCUUAGUAAGCCUGUUUUGCCAUGGAUAAAAUGGAAAAAUGAAAGGACUGAAAUGUUUGAAAAGUGGAAGCAAAAUUUACUUGCCACAUGGAUAAAGGAGAAAGAAUGGCAUGUGUGGCUUUUUAAGGACACACAAGUAUAUAGAAGAAAAUUAUACUAA